CCCGUCAUGCUGCCUGCAGCUCCUGCCGCGUAACCGCGCCGCCAGCCGCCGCGUCCCUCUGACGUCAUCACUGCGCACCCGGAGCUACCACAGACACGUGAAGCUGCGGCAGGAGGACGAUCGUCCGGCAGCAGCGCGGAGCUCAGCCAUUCAGAACCUUCACUCCAUCCUCACAGCUGCAUCAUGGGUCGGAAACUGGACCCGCUGAAGAAGGUGCCCCGGGGACCUGGCCGAAAGUCGAGAAAGCAGCCAGGGGCCGAGAAUGAGCUGAGCAAGUUUCUGAGUGAAGACUCUGAAGGGAAACGUCUGUCCAGCCACGGCAGGAAGAGAGCAGCAAAAAGGCGACUUGCCAAGACACCACAAGCAAAGCCUAAGAAACCAGAGACAAAGCAGAACGGAAAUGUUGGGGUCGUCUUGAAAGGGAAGAAAAAACCUGCUGGAUUCAGUGAUGAUAAUGCACAGUGGCUGAAACCUGUGAAGAGAGCGCGGAUGGAGAAAGAAGCGGAGAGCGAGGAGGAGAUGGAGAGCGGAGAGGAGGAAACCAAUGACCAGGAAGUAGACAGUGGAGAUGAUGUGCCAGGUGAUCGGAAGGGAGGGAGUGGAGAGGAUGAAUCCGGGGAUGAUGACGAGGGUGAACCUGAGAAGGGGGAAGAAGAAGAGGAGAGUGGAGAGGAUGAACCAAGUCAAGCGCUGGAGCUUUCAGACAGCGAUGAUCUAGAAGAUGACUUUGGCGUUUCCUCAGGGGAUGAUGAGGAGGAUCUUCUGCCAAUCGAGAAAGCGGCUGGAAAACAGAGAAAAAAGAAUGAAAGGGAGAAGAUGGAGGAAGAUUCUGACAUUCAGCUCAAUGUGGACGAGGAGCACUUUACGCUGCCUACCGCAGAAGAAAUGAAUCAAGAGCUCUCGGGAACUUUGGACCUUGCCUCAGUGCAGGAACGCAUCAAGGACGUCGUAGGUGUAUUACAGGAUUUCGCUAAGCGGGGAGGAGAGCGUUCCAGGCAGGAAUACCUUUCCGUCCUAUGCAAGGAUCUUAGCACCUACUACAGUUAUGGUGACUUCAUGAUCGAAACCCUCAGCGGCCUGUUUCCUGUGUCAGAGUUGGUGGAUUUUCUGGAGUCCUGUGAAGUUCAGCGUCCCGUCACCAUCAGGACCAAUACAUUAAAGACCCGAAGACGUGACCUGGCGCAGGCUCUUAUCAACCGUGGUGUAAACUUGGACCCGUUGGGUAAUUGGUCGAAGACCGGGCUGGUCAUUUACGACUCCUCCGUACCGAUUGGUGCCACCCCGGAGUAUCUGGCAGGACACUACAUGUUACAGGGUGCGUCCAGUUUGUUACCAGUCAUCGCCCUGGCACCCCAGGAGAAUGAACGGGUGCUGGACAUGUGCUGUGCUCCCGGAGGGAAGACCAGUUACAUGGCCCAGCUGAUGAAGAAUACCGGGGUCAUCGUUGCCAAUGAUAUGAACGCGGAGCGCCUUCGGAGUGUGGUGGGAAAUUUGCACAGGCUGGGGAUCACCAACUCUAUAAUCAGCAAUUACGACGGAAGGCAAAUCUCCAAGGUCCUAGGAGGUUUUGAUCGGGUUCUCCUGGAUGCUCCAUGCAGCGGCACCGGGAUCAUCAGCAAAGAUCCAUCUGUGAAAACCAACAAGAGCGUACAGGACAUCCAGCGAUGCGCCCACAUACAGAAGGAGCUCAUCCUCAGCGCCAUUGACUCUCUGGAUGCCCAGUCAUCCAGUGGUGGAUUCCUGGUCUAUUGCACAUGUUCCAUCACUGUGGAGGAGAAUGAGUGCGUGGUGGAUUACGCCCUGAAGAAGAGAAACGUCAAACUUGUGCCAACAGGUCUGGACUUUGGGAAAGAAGGAUUUGUGAGAUUUAAAGAGCGGCGGUUUCACCAGUCCCUGCGGCUGUCCCGCAGAUUUUACCCUCACACUCACAAUAUGGACGGAUUCUUCAUUGCAAAGCUGCGCAAAUUCUCCAACACCAUCCCGGUGACGAAGGAAGUGACCGAAGCAUCCAGCGCUGAUCAAAGUGAAGAAACAGCUUCAGAGAAUAAGGAAGCAAAGCCACAAGGACAGAAAACCCAAACAACGAAACAAGGGAAGAAAACCCCGCCGACAAAACCAGGACAGAGAACAACGCCGCCACCAAAACAAGGGAAGAAAACUCAUCCGGCGAAACCAGGACAGAAAACUUCCCUAGGAAAACCUGGACCGAAAACUCCCGUAGGAAAACCAGGACAGAAAACUCCCAUGCAGAAACAAAAACAGAAAACGAAGACGAUACCAGGACAGAAAUCUCCAUCAUCGAAACAAGAACAGAAAACUCAUCCGUUUAAACAAGGAAAGAAAUUUCCUUCAUCAAAACUUAAGAAGAAAACUCCUCUGACCAUGAAACAGGGAAAAAAAACCUCUCAGAAAAAACAAAACUUUUUUUCUAAAAAGAAAAAGAGCAAAUAGUUCUCACGUUCUGCCACCUCUGGACUCUUGUGUCACCACCACCACCUCCUGCUCGGCAGUGGGCUCUGAUCAGUAAUUCGCGGUAUGGAGGGUGGGAUUCUCUAGUGUGCCGACCCUCCCCCAGGAUGUGAAGUGACCAUGGCGUGAUCAGCAUUCGCCGUAAGGGGAAGUGUUCUGUAUGUGUUCCCUGGACUCUCCGGGAGGGUGAGAGAAUCUGCAGCAGUGCUCUGGACAGUCUAGAGAGGGUGAAAUGCUCUGUAGGCGUGUUCCACCUGGAUGGGUGCAUGCUCUGCUGGUUUUCCCAUUGGUGACUUGUUUUCCUGUUUUAUUAUAAAUUGGAUAAAAAAAACAACCAAA